AUGGAGACCUUCUGCGAGACGGUGCAGUUUUACCUGAGGCACCUGGAGGACAGCGUGUACCCCGUGAUGACUGAGGACCAGUUUGCACUGAAGCUGUUCCCCAUGUAUCGCUACUUCCUGACGGUGAAGCUGGGGGUCAUCAAGUCCCUGAAGCCCAUGCUGAACCUCCUCCUGCCCAGGGAUGCCCUGCGGGACCAAGUGUACGACUCCCUCCCUCUGCUGCUGGCGGGGUACCAGGGCAGCCUGGAGGCACUCUUUAUCACGCGGGUCUUGAGGCAGAUCCUGGAGAUGUCAUUCAUCACCAGUAGCCCAGUCCCGCAGAUGCAGCUGCACAUCAUCUUCACGGAGCUGCAUGUCCAGGAGAGCCCCAGGGCUGCGCGGGGCGUGUGCUCCAGGGCCCCCGCCCAGCAGCGGUUCAGCAGCCAGAACCUGGCGGAGAUAGUGCACAGCUUCAUAGCCCCUGCCCGCUCCUACCCCAAGGAGCUGAUGCAGUUCUUCCUCAGUCAGAUGGAGAUGAGCAAGGAGGCCAUCCGCGUGGGGACCCUGGCCCUGAUCGGGGCAGUGAGCCCAGAAUGA